GACUGCUGGUUAAAUAGGGAGGAGGAAUAUCCAGAGUCACAGUAAAGUCUCAAGUAGACAGAGCUGGCGGAGGGAACAUGCACACUCAAAGUGGUAAACAGGAAGACAUGACCAAGGUGAUGUUAUGAAGUGUAGUUUGGUGUUUGAUAGAUUAUAAAUUACUGAGUGGAUCAAAUUUACAAUGCUGGUCUCUGGAUUCCCUGACUGAUCUAACUCUCAAACACCUCAGCAGACAUAAUUUAUUUGGCUUGCUAACAGGAAUCUUCUGACUGACUCCAAAAUUUAAGGACAAACUUUCCCUAACCUUCCUGAGUCAUGAGUGACAACAGGGAUAGAGAGAACGGUGAUGGCCGUGGAGCAAAGCAGUUGGCCAACGUCAAGCCUCGACCUGACCACAAAGGCGUAUCAAGAGACAAGCAUGAGCAAGAGAAGGAGAAACCUCCCAAAGUAAAGAGAGCCAGGAGCACAGACUCUGAGAGACGAGGGAGAGAGGGAAGCAGAAGGAGAACGCAAAACAAGGGCACAGGACACAGGAGGGAACGUGGGAGGAGCGAGGAGGCCCGAAGAAGUGACAGAAAGGAAAGAAAAGUCAGACCUAUGGGCUCAGAUGCCCCCAAGGAUGAUGUGCAAGACACUGAGUGUGUGGUGUGCUUCUGCUCCUAUGACAAUAUGUUCAAGACCCCAAAGCUGCUUUCUUGUGGCCACACCUUCUGUCUGGAGUGUCUGGCUCGCAUAAACGUUUCCUCAUCUGAGCUCAAGACCUUGUCCUGCCCAGUGUGCCGUGAGCUCACCGAGCUGCCCCACGGUCGAGACCUGCCCCAUCUGGUCAACAAUGAGGAGGUCUUCAGCAAGCUGCCUUCAGGGAUGCAAAAAGCACUGUCGGUUCGCUUCAAGCGCAACAAGGGCAAGCUAAUGCUGAAAAAGCUCCCUCCUGCAAAUUCAACCAAUCCUAGCCUCACAAAGCAAAAUAACACGUCAGUAGAUGGUGUUUCCCUCCAACUGGGAACCUUGGAACAGGGAGUUACCUUAGCAACUGUCUUAGACGUGGGUCAGCCCCCAAGCAGGGUCAGGGGUCGUAUGCGUCAGCUGUUCCGCUCCGACCAGUGCUACUACUCGGUUGUGGCGUCAGUCAUCACCAUCACUGUGGCACUGAUGCUGGUAGGCAUCUUGACCUUUGUGAUUAUGCCUAGUUUGGCCAUCAAUCCCGACAGACCUAAUCAGACAAAUGGCAGCCAAUCACCGUCCAGAAUAGGAGGUCAUCAGGAACAUGUCCAUCCAGGUUGAGCAGGGACACUUAAAAUAGUCUGGGAUAGGAGGAAUGGAAGAUUAAAAAAUAUUAUUUUAGAUUGUAAAGACCAUUACUGAGUUUGUCUGUGAUUGUAAAUGGUGUUGGUUUCAUAUGAAGACAUGUAGUUAUCAAAAGAAGACACUACUAUGACUAUGAACACUAAAGUUGGACUCGAACCAAGGAAAUGCCUUGACAACAUUUGAAAAAACUGAUCAUGUUGAAUGGAAUUUGAUUUAUUUGAGAAUUAAGAGCUGAAAGUAGGAGAAGGAGAUUCUUCUUAAUAACCUACUUCGAACAUUUACCAUUAACUGUUCUAUGUGACAUUUACCAGAAAUGUAAAUGUGCUCAAUGAAAUUUUAUGUUGAAAUUAAACAUGCCAAGAUUA